GCGUCUAGCGCUGUGUUUGUUACUACUUUAGUCUGCAACGCGCCGUCGAGUCGUUCGGUAGUGUUCACGAGCGCCUUGUUAAGUAAUAUCUAACAAAAAUAUCGUUAUAAUAGUUGUAAUUACAAUUUGUUUUGCAUUCCUUAGAAAAAAUAUACAAAAUAUUUCGUGAAAUACUUAAUUAAAAGUGAUCUCUAAAUAUAAUAAACGAACUACAUGAACUGUGGUCGUGGUUUUUACAAUUUUGGACGUUAAUAUAGAAGUGUGAUACAACGUAUGGGAAGUUUAGAAAUGAGCGGAUUGACCAUUAGAGUUAAAAGGGGAUCGAGGGGUAGUGCUACACUUCUCGAAGCAGCAAACAGAAUUCUUAAACUGCUUGGCGUGAGCUCCACCAAGCGCGGGAAACAACCCUCGCCGAAAUCAAAGCCAAACGGUGUACCCGGGAGUGAGGUUAGGGCGCCCAUAGCUACUACAGAGUGCGUGAUUGACUCACCAGUCAAAAUGCAAGCAUCACAGGCUGCCUCAGCCCCUGUGCCGACGCCCACGUCCACUCAUUCAUCAAAUCAGUCUUACAAGCAUUCAAAACGAACCGCGAAGGACUAUAUAUUUGGAAAACUCAUAGGCGAUGGCUGCUACAGCACUGUCUUCUUAGCCAAAGACAUACAUACCGGAAAAGAAUAUGCAAUUAAAGUUUGUGAGAAAAGUCACAUCGUGCGACAUCAAAAAGUUCAGUACAUAAAACGUGAAAAAGAUGCUUUGAAUAUGCUGUUCGGCGUACCGCAUGGGUUCGUGAAACUUUACUGCACAUUUCAAGACGAGGAAAGAUUAUAUUUUGUAUUAUCAUACGCCAAGAACGGCGAAUUGUUACAUUAUAUAAAUAAGGUCGGUUCGUUCGAACUAAAUGUAGCCAAAUUUUACGCCGCCGAAUUAUUGAUGGCGUUAGAGAAAAUGCACGCCGUAGGGAUCAUACACCGGGACCUGAAGCCCGAGAAUAUUCUACUGGAUGAGAACAUGCACCUGCAAAUCGCUGACUUCGGUACGGUGAAAAUACUUGACCCACAAAAGAUUAGAUCGUCGACACCAACUGUGCCGGAAGACGAACAAAACUCAACGUCGACAGAUCGUUCCAGGAAGAUAAGUUUCGUCGGAACCGCUCAGUACGUCAGUCCAGAUCUAUUGCAGAACCGUGUCGACACGCGCUCUUCCGAUCUCUGGGCUCUGGGUUGCAUCAUAUACCAGAUGAUAUCCGGCCUACCUCCUUUCAGAGCGUCCACAGAAUUCCUUACAUUUCAGAAAAUAUUGAAAAUGGAUUACGAAUUCCCUGAAGGUUUCCCAGCGGAUGCCAAGGAUUUAGUAGAAAAAUUGUUAGUUUUGGAUCACAAUAAGAGGCUCGGAGCGAGCGACGAAGGUUUCACAUAUGAAAGCAUUCGUAAACAUCCAUUUUUCGAAGGCAUCGAUUGGGAAAAUAUUUGGGACGAGACACCGCCAAAAAUAAGCCCCUAUUUACCUGGUGGAUCCUUCGAAGAAGAAUACACAGUGCCUGAUCAUCUAGAACCCGGAUUAGGAAAGAACCAACUAGUGCGCUUAUGGGAAUUCGAUCUCUCGACAUCUAGAGGAAUUUUGAAUAUCAGCCCCGAAGAGAAAAGACGCCGUUUAGAAGUGCAAGCUAGAGAGAAUAAAUGGCACCAGUUUGUUGAUGGAGAGCUUAUAUUGAAGCAGGGAUUGGUUGAAAAAAGAAAGGGUCUUUUCGCGAGGCGUCGUAUGUUACUAUUGACAACCGGGCCUAGAUUGUUCUACGUAGAUCCUGUCAACAUGGUGCUCAAGGGAGAAAUACCAUGGUCACCAGAUCUACGUGUCGAAGCAAAGAACUUUAGAAUAUUUUUAGUGUACACGCCAAAUCGUACAUACUAUUUGGAGGAUCCACAGUCAUACGCGUUGGAGUGGACCAGGGUGAUCGACGAGGUCCGCAUCGGAACAUACGGGAGGGACACGACCUAGACGGGAGGGACGCCAGGCUCCGCACUCCUCCCGCCAUCGCACGGCGAGUGCACACUUGUAGGAUAUAGCUAGCCUCUCUCUAUACAACGCUGGAACUAUGAAGGGCGACGCGAUUCCUUUAAGUUUGCAAAUGCCGUCGCGGGCCGCACAUAUGUUCCACGACACGCGCACGACGAGCGCACGACACGGGCGCGACGAGCGCGCGACAAUCGCACGACAUGCGCGCGACAAUCGCUGCACGCUCCGAGGGAGACCGAAGACGACGUCAGCCCCCGGACGAAAGGUCCUGACGCUAUGACUGAUUCCUACUUUCAUAAAUUAUUGCCCUAAUUUAAGUUAUAUUUAAUUAAUAUCGGCGGUAUGUGUAAAUAAUUGUCGUAAUUUAUUAUUGAAAUUGUUAGUUAUGUAACUUGUAUUGUGGGCCGUUUUAACUUAAAUUUAAACUGGUCUAGUGUAAGAAUGGACUUGUUAUUCGCCACCCGCGUGUUCACGAAGCCCAUUCCUGUUGGUAACUAGGCAAUUUAUAGCUAAAUUAAUAAUUAUUUAUUUUAUUUUAAUUAUUUGCCAACGGAAUGAGACUGUUGUACAGAUAUUAAAACUGUAGGAAAUUAUUAAUGAACUGUUUCCUUCAACAUUUACACAUUAAGGCGUAAUUAUAGAAGUAAUGAUUGUGGCAUCUUCAUGUGCGUUGAUCGAUGAUGUGUAAACACGGGAACAGUUCUUAUACGAGAAGGAUAGCUUCUUUAUUAAGAACUGGACGUGAUGCGGAAUGUUAUAAUUAAAUUUCAAUAUGUCAACUAAUUCUGCAUUCAAGUCCAGUUUCUGCCUCUCAUUGAUUGCGAAAUCAUUGAGUAUUAGUGCUUAUUUCAUGUGCAUCCUAUGCAUUGCACUAUAAUCCUACCUAGCUAAAGUAUACGGAUAAUUUCACCAGAGGUGAUUAAAAUAAUUUAACCUUUAUUGUCCUGGUAUAAAAAGGAUAAUGGCCACAAACGCGCUGCAACGAUCCAAUAUAACAAUAAUUUGCCUCACACAGACAUUUAAGAUGGUUUAGUGUUUUAAAUUUUCAUUUAUUUUGUAAAGUGACUCGCAUGUCAGUAAUGACAGUAGAAGUUUUUUUUUAAUGUAAGCUAUGGCUUCAUUAGACAGCCAAAGUUAAAAUGUUAUUGGUAUGUAACAUCUUUACCUUAGCAACAUUAAUUGACAUAAUUGUUGUUUAAAAAUUAAAAGAAGACAGAAUCAAAUGUGCCCUUACUAGAAUAAUAACUAUCUUUACAUUUGAGUAAGUUUUUACAGUAAAUAGUGACAAAGGUCCUUAAGUUCAGGUUAUUCAACUUUUUUAAAACAUGAUUGGCCAUUUCCUUUUUCUUAGAAAUUAAAUUAUUUUAAAAUUUCAAUGUACCUAAUACCAAGUUUGUGUUUUGUUUUGUGUUAAUUAGUGAUAAAAAAAAAUAUGUUACUGGAGAAAUCAAUGUCAUGGCUUCUGGUAAAAUUACAUUCAAUUUCCCUUUUUUUUUGUUUUGUUACAUUUAGACGUUGCCACAACUUGCCCUUGCAUAUGCAACAAUCCUAGUUAAAUGUGAUUUAAUCUGCACCUGAAGCAUUUAGUGAGUAUUAUUUAAAGAAUCAGAUAAAUUAUUCGGAAAAAUACUAUCCUUUACCCAUUGGCUGUCACUGCAAUUGGAAACUCCAUGACAUUGUUACUAAUAAAAUUAAUAAUCUAUCUGCAUUUAAAAUUUAAUACCUGUUAACUAUGCUAGUUAUAUUUUAAAACAUUUCUAAUGCAUAAAUUCCAUGAAGUAACUUAAUAAGAAAUUGAGAAUAAAUUGAAGUUGAUUUUUUA